AUGUCGAUACUCCUAAAAUUACUAGGGAACGUGUAUAACAACAAAUUUGGUCUCCCACCCAUCCCGCCACCCAACACGUUCGCCGGGAAAAAUGUCCUCAUCACAGGCGCAACGUCUGGUCUCGGUCUUGCAGCCGCCACACACUAUGUUAACCUGGGCGCCGCAUCGGUAAUAAUAACGGCGCGCACCCAGGCAAAGGGCCUUUCAGCCAAAGAGACAAUCGAAGCGCAAACGAACACUAAAGGAAAAGAUAUCGUUCAAGUGCGGGAAUUGGACAUGAGCACAUUUGCGGGAGCGAAAGCCUUCGCUGAUAAAGUUCGGCAAGAAGUGAAGAAGAUUGACAUCGUGCUUUUGAAUGCAGGGAUUUACAACACCAAAUUUGUGAAGGGUAACGAGGGAUACGAGGAGAGUAUCCAGGUCAAUGUCCUGAGCACGGCAUUAUUGGCUCUGUUACUGUUACCUUGGAUGAAGGAGGUCGGUGGAGGCGCGGCGCAUUUAACUUUCGUGACAAGUGGAAACCAUCGAGAUGUUCAGAUCAACACGCCGAAGUGGCCGCGGGAGAAUGUGAUUGGGUACUUUAGCAAGGAAGAGAAUUGGCCGACGAAUCCGGAAAUGUAUGCGGUGAGCAAGUUGCUGGAACAGUAUGCUGUGAAUGAGAUUGCGAAAUUGGGUAUUGGAAAGGACGGGAAGCCGGACGUAAUUGUAAACCCUUUGUGUCCAGGAAUGGUGAAAAGCGAGCUGGCUCGGCAUCUUAAAACAAACAUAAUCAAAUCCACCGCUAUUGAUCUGAUCAUGACCGUUUUGAUGAAAACCACCGAAGGUGGAGCUCGCUCGGUUCUCUACGCUACACUGACAACCCCCGAGGAACAUGGUAAAUACAUCACUCACUACCAAUCGGAUGAGGAUUACAAGCUGGCUGUUCAGCAUAACGUUCGAAGUCCCGAGGGACAGAAAAUGCAGGAACGGGUAUGGAAGGAAGUCGUCACUAUCUUAGAGGAAAAUGUUUCGGAAGUAAAGAGAAUUGGGCAUCCAUUGUAA